ACACGUACAGCUGUAUUUUAUUUAUGGAAUAACUGCGAGACAUUAGCAAAUUAAAUUAAAUUAAUUUUUCUUUGAUUGGAAAGUAGGAAAAAUGGUUGAGGGCGGCAGUUUGAUUGUUUGCUAUCGGAAGCAAAUAAGUAACAUCCAUUACGAGGCCACAAAUCGUUACGAACAGAUCAUUAAGUUGAUUAUUCAGCGCUUCAAUAUUCCCGCCUCGCAUGAGCCAGCUCUGCUGAUCUCCACCGAAAACGGCAGAAUUUUUGAUAAGCUGCAGUUCGACUACUUUCUCACGCUCUUCCCGAACCCCAGCAUGGUUUUCUACAUACGUUAUGAUUACAAUCGUGCAGUCGGCAUCUUGCAGUCAACGCAACCGCAAGAGGAAGUUGCAAAAACAACAAUAGAGAGUGAUAUUCAAGUGAAAAACAAAAGAAAGAACCCAGCUGGUGAAGAUGAUGAUCAGUGUGCAUCGAAGUUUACGCCAGUCUAUCGUAUGAAUUGCUUUAUCUACGAAUAUCCUACAACUACUAUAAAAUUAACAAAUGACAGCGCUAAGAAGCAGAAAGCUAAUAUGAAGAAACAGUCACCGCGUAGCGAAUUUGUGAAGCGCGUGAAAAAGCGUUUGCAAAUGGGUGAAUUGAAAAAGCGCACAAUGAAGCCUUUGGCGCAAGUAAAGCGCUUUAUGCGGCUAUGAGCGGGAGGAUAAAGAGAAAAGCUUAGCAAUCGAUGACUACCGUUUUAUUAUUUAGAAUUAAGAUUUAUA